AGAAUAUACAGAAGUGGAGGCCUGAUGUCAGACGCAGGGGGUGGGGCUAUCGGGGCACCCGCCGCAGCCACACACGGGCCUUCGGCGGGCUAGCUAUGCCCCUGGGAUCAGGUCUCCUGUGUCUUCCAUAUAAUGCCUUUGUAAAUGCGCCAAAACAGCCCGCCCCCACUUCAAGUCAUUGCUUUGAAGACUCAUAUUUUAGUUUUGCAAUCCCCCUAUGAAACUUUGGCCUAGGUGACUUCUCUGACUGACUGCUUUCAAGACUUCCACCUGUAUUGUCUGUCCCCUCUAUGGCAUGCAUGAAAUUCUUGCCCAUGGCUUCUCUGGUUGGUUGUGCCCAAAUAUAGACCUCCUCUCUUAUCCUCAGUCCUUUCUUACAAACUUCCUAGGGGGCCACCCUACUGGCGAGGUGGUGAGUCAUACUAUAGGAUUCAGAGUCACCAUGUAGGGAGAGAAUUACAGAAGAGCAGACAGGAAGAAGAGUCUGGACAGAGUCAUCUACCUUCCGAUCAGGCAAUAAAACUGUCUUCCAUAAAUACGGAUUCUUGUGUGUUGGACUCUCUGCUACAACUUUGGGGCACAGCCCAACAUUACAUGGUGUCAGAAGAAUGGAUUUAUUUUGACCCCCGCGACCACUCGUCCUGCAAGGUAAUUUGGCUGAGAACUGGAAGCGAUGGGAUCAGUCUUUCCGUUGGUAUUUGACGGCAGCUGGACUUGAUAAAGUAGCAAGUGAGCGACAGAUAGCUAUUCUCCUGAAUUGUGUAGGAGAGGAAGCAGUAUUGAUUUAUAAUAUGUUUGUUUUUUCUGGCAGUGAGCCAGAUGAUGUGGAGGAGGUGCUGGAACAGUUUAGAAUAUAUUGUACUCCCAGAAAGAAUGUUAUAUUUGAAUGUUAUUCAUUUUGGAACCAUCCCUGGAAACAUGGAGAUACCAUAGAUCAAUUUGUGACUGAGCUGAAAUUAAAGGCAAACAGUUGUGAAUUUGGCUCUGUAUGCAAGGAGUUGAUUAGAGACAAGAUUGUUUUUACUGCAACAGAGAAGUUAAAGGAGAGACUUUUGAGGGAACCAGACCUGACUCUUGAGAAAGCAGUGCAAAUAUGCCAAGUAGCUGAAGUAACAGCGACCCAGCUGCAAACCAUGGCAGACUGCUCCAAGCAAGUAUACGAAAUGUCUAUGGCAAAGAAGGAUUAUGAAGAAAAGCCCGUUCAGACACUUGGGCAUAAGAAGUCACCUUCUGGAUACAGACAUGAUGGUGCAAGGAAUAAAGAAUGCUCUCAGUGUGGCAUAAUUCAUAAGCCUCAAAGGUGUCCAGCUUUUGGAAAAACUUGUUACAAGUGUGGAAAGAAAAACCAUUUUGCUAACAUGUGUGUCUCAAUGUCAAUGAGUUAUAAUAGAGGACAACAAAAACAUCAAGUGCAUAAUUUAGAGUUGCAUAGUCUGUUUAUAGAAGAGUUGUCUCAGAAUAUAAUGGAAUUUGAUGAUUGUCGAGCCCCAGGAUGGUAUGCAGAUGUGAAUUUAAGAGGGCUUAUAGUAAAGUUUAAGCUGGAUACAGGUGCUGAAGCAAAUGUGUUGCCAAUUAAGAUAUUUAAUGAGUUACCAGGUCAGAAGGUAUUAACCAAAAGUGAAAUGACUCUUGUAGCCUAUGGGGGAGUACAAAUAAAGCUGCUGGGCACUAUUGUUGUUCCAGCGUAUACGGGAAAGAGAGAAGUGAAACUAUUGUUUUAUGUGACUGAUAUAUCAACCCUACCAUUGUUAAGUAGGGAGGCUUGUGAGAUUCUGGAUUUGGUUCAUCAUGUUGAUGUUAUAAGAUCAGUUGUAUUUGUAUCAUGUGAACAGUUGUUUACAUUGUAUUCUGAUGUUUUUGAAGGUCUUGGUGAAUUUGAAGGUCCUUAUCAUAUACAUGUUGAUACAACAAUUCCCCCAGUGAUACAUGGCUGUAGGAAGGUACCAUUUGUAAUACAAGACAGGUUAAAAGAGACUCUAGAACAAAUGGAAAAUGCAGGGGUGAUAACUAAAGUUGUGGGACCUACAGACUGGGUAAAUAGCCUAGUUAUCACAGAAAAGAAAAAUGGGAAGUUGCGUAUAUGUCUUGACCCAUGUGAUUUAAAUAAGGCAAUUCGCAGGCAGCAUUAUACAAUUCCGACGGUAGAUGAUGUAUUGGGUUGGUUAGCUGGAAUGAAUUUUUUUACAAUUGUAGAUGAAAAGGAUGGUUAUUGGCAGGUGAAAUUAGAUGAACCCGCAUCACGUUUGUGUACAUUUAAUACACCAUGGGGAAGAUAUUGUUUUAAUCGCUUGCCAUUUGGACUUAAAUCUUCCAGUGAUGUGUUUCAACAAAAAAAUGAAGAGACUUUUGGACACAUAUAUGAUUGCUGAUGACAUGAUCAUAGCAGCCAGAACCUCUGAGGAGCACAAUCAGAUUUUGCAUCAGGUAAUGGAGACAGCAAGGGCAAAGAACAUUAAAUUUAAUAAGGAGAAGAGCCAGUUUAAAGUUGACUCAGUGAAGUAUAUGGGACAUAUAGUAACAGCUCAGGGGGUUAAAGUAGAUGAAGAGAAAGUGAAGGCUAUUCGUGAGAUGCCACCCCCAUGUGAUAGACAAGGCGUUCUUAGGUUUCUAGGAUCUGUCCAAUAUUUGUCAAAAUAUAUUCCUAGGGAGGCGGAGUUGACUGCCCCUCUGAGAAAUUUGUUGAAAAAGAAUGUGUUAUUUCAGUGGAUGCCAGAACAUCAGAAGGCUUUUGAAGUAGUUAAACAGCAGUUGUGUCAGGCACCUUUACUUCAAUAUUUUGAUGUCAAAAAAUCAGUACUUGUGCAGGCAGAUGCAUCAAAAGAUGGUCUGGGAGCAUGUUUGCUUCAAGAAGGCAAACCAGUGACUUAUGCUUCUAGAUCUUUUAGUUUAUCAGAACAGAAUUAUGCACAAAUAGAGAAAGAAUUGCUGGCUGUGUUAUAUGCUAUGAGGAAACUUCAUCAAUAUGUAUUUGGUAAAGUUGUUUUAGUCCAGACUGAUCAUAAGCCACUGGAGGUAAUAUUUAAAAAAUCUAUUGGAAGUGCUCCUGCUCGUUUGCAGCAUGUGUUAUUACAGCUUCAAAGAUACCAGCUUGAUAUAGUAUAUACCCCAGGUAGACAGAUGUAUCUUGCAGAUACGUUAUCGAGGGCUGCAGUAGAUCCACCUAAGAAUGAUGAAGAACAAUUAGAGGGGGAGAGAGUUAUACACAAGCUGAGUGCGGUAGCUAUGCAUUCAGAAGGAGUAUCUGCUAUACAGGAGGCAACAAGUCAUGAUAAUCAGCUCCAGGCAGUAGUGGCUCUUAUAAGACAAGGGUGGCCACAAUACAUGAAAGAUGUACCUCUCCUUGUAAAGCCAUUUUGGCCUAUGAAGGACUUGAUGCGUUAUGAGGAUGGUAUUAUUUAUGUAGAUGAAAGGAUAGUUAUUCCAUUGUCCAAGAAGCGAGAAAUUCUCCUUCAGUUGCACGAGUCACAUCAAGGUGUCCAAAGGACUAGAGCCAGGGCAAAAGAAAUAGUGUACUGGCCUGGGAUGGGCAAUGAUAUUGAAACAACGGUAGGAAACUGUUCAAUAUGUGCGCAUUAUGCAUCCGGAAACCAAAAAGAACCACUUAUACCACAUGAGAUUCCUAAAUUACCGUGGGGAAAAGUUGGUAUAGAUAUUUUUGAAUAUGGUUCCUUACCAUUUCUUUUGGUGGUGGACUAUUAUUCAAAAUAUCCAAAGGUGUUGAGUUUGCCAGACAAGACGGCAGGAGCGGUGAUUAAUAGAUUGAAAGCAGUGUUUGCUCGCCAUGGGAUUCCAAGGAGAAUUGUGAGUGACAACAUGCCAUUUGCUGGUCGUGAGUUUAGGCAAUUUGCUCAGGAAUGGGGUUUUGAACAAUGUUUCAGUAGUCCAGGAUAUCCCCAGUCUAAUGGGAUGGCAGAGAGAGCAAUUUGCUCUAUAAAGCAACUCAUUAGAAAGGCAGAAGAUACCCAGGUAGAUUUAUACAUGGCAUUGCUAGAAUAUCGGAAUACACCUGUCACGGGCAUGGAGUAUUCACCAGCCCAGAUGCUGAUGGGUAGAAUGUUGAGGAGUAAACUCCCGGUGACUACUGAUUUAUUAUGCCCGAAGAUACCUCAUGGGAUCUAUGAAGGUUUACAAAGAGUUCAGAAGAGGCAAAAAUACUUUUAUGAUCAGACUGCAAAGUCUCUUAAGCCCCUGAAAGAAGGAGAUGAAGUAUGGGUAGAGAACAAAGAAGGGUGGUUUCCUGCGGUGGUAACAAAGAAUGGUGAUCAACCCUGUACAUAUCGGGUGAUGAUGUCCGAGGGACGUAGUUAUUGGCGAAAUAGGCGGAAGUUAAGGUAUCGCAGGAGGAAUGAAGAAGAAAAUGAUAUGAGGGAGGAUAUUGUACAGAGCAUGCCUAUAGUUGCACAGCAUGAUCAGUUAUCAAACAUGUCUAAUGGGAGUAUGGAAGAGGCCAAGUCAAGAAAUGAUGUAGUAGACAAGACACAAGUUGUUCAAUCUGAGGAAAGGAGUCCUAGGUAUAUAACAUCAUAUGGUAGGUGUGUCUUCUCGCCAGAAAGAUAUAUACCUGGAUAAUUGUUUUAUUUUUGUGUCUUUCUUUUAAUGUAUAUACAUUUGUAUUCAUGAUUUUAAUUGUAUUCUUGUUUUAUUUCUUUUAUUUUUGUGAGAAGGGAGAUGUGAUGUAUGUUUUACUUUAAAUGGAAUGGUUCGGAGGUGUGCUCUUCUAGCACACCUGUGGAUCAUGAAAGAUACUUAAGGAGCGUGCCUUUUGGGAGAGGCAGGCUUUUGCAUCUUCGGAGGCCUUAUGUGGUUGGCCUGCGUUGUCUUCAUCUCCUCUCCUUCUUAGCAAUAAAACUGUCUUCCAUAAAUACGGA